AUGACUAAAGUCAUCCAGAAAACAUUAACCAACAAAGCAAAAGGAACUUGGGUUCAUACCCCUGCCGAGAUCUUUUCGACCAUUGCCUAUAAGGAGGAAGUAAAAGAGCAGGUUCAAGAUGCCAUUAAGUCUGGCAAGCUUGUGACUAAACAGGAAAAAUUCGCUCUCCAGGAGUGUACUGCUCCCAUUGUGCAGUUCUUGCAAGUCAUCAAGGACAUGUCAGGGUGGGAAUGGACUGUUAUUGGUGCUGGGCCUGACCCUCAUCUUGGUGGCCAACUAAAUGUGAUGAGUUACCAUACAGGAGUGAAUGGAGAUGGACACAAUUGGAAACAAGCCACCCCAAAAUUCAUUGAGAAGCAUCUCAAUCCAUACUUGGAAUUUGUUGGAACACUGUUUCAUGAAAAGUCUCGUGCCAUGGAUGUCAUCACCCCACUCACAAACAGUCUAUCACCCAUGACUUCACUUGCAAACAGUCUACCACCCACGAUUUCAUCUCCCUUGGGUGAAGGAUCUGGGUCACUGGAGGGUGCAUCAUCAACUGUGACUCCAGCAUCACAUGGAACUGCCCUGCAUGCCCCCCUCACACUCUCAGACACCCUGCAAGGUGUUGACUUGUCUCAGAUGCAGACACUCUCGGACACCCUGUGA